CCAUUCCACGCUUCACUGUUCAUGUUCAUUUAUUCUUAAUCAAAACCAAACGCUUAGUUCUCUUUCUUCAUUUUCUUAUUCUCCUUCUCCUACUCUCAGCAUUUAGUUUAUUUGUCAGCUCUUAACUGCAACAGAGUGAGUGAGGCUGCAUUCAGUUUUUUGGUAAAAUGGAUUUGUAAUAAAUAAAAAAACUAUCCUUUGAUAUCAACCAUUUCAAUGCAAGCCUGAGAUAGAUAUUCAUAGGAAAGACAUAGUAAAGAGAUGGGAUGUUCUCAAUCAAAGUUGGAUGAUGAAGAGGCAGUUAAGCUUUGCAAAGAUAGAAAGCGAUUCAUCAAACAGGCUGUUGAGCAAAGAACUCAAUUUGCUACUGGACAUGCAGCAUACAUUCAGUCUUUGAAAAGGGUUUCAGCGGCACUGCUAGAUUACUUGGAAGGCGAUGAGUCGCGCCAGUUGCCAUUGGAUUCAUUCAUAACCCCACCUUUCACUCCUGUGAAGAAAACUAGUCGUCCUGCUUUCAUCCCCAUAUCAUCAAAAUCCUUCACCCCAACAACAAUUGAGUUUGGUCCUAAGACAACUUUGAAGGUGAAUUACCUAAGGCCGAGUGGUAAUCCAGCGAUUUCUGUUGAGGAAAGGCCUCAAUCGCCUGAGAUGGUUCGGGUUGAAAUGUAUUCUCCAAUGCAUCAGUUUGGCAUUGAGGGUUUUUUUCCUAUGCAAUCCUCACCCGUGAAUCCCUCAAUUUUUGCUUAUUCUCCCAAUAACAGGCCUAAUAUCCCUCCACCUUCACCUCAAUCUUCCCAAUGGGAUUCCUUUUGGAAUCCAUUUUCAUCAUUGGACUAUUAUGGUUACCCCGCCCAAAGUAGCCUUGAUAGGACUGGAACUGAUGAUGAGAUCAGAGGACUGAGGAAGGUUCGAGAAGAAGAAGGAAUACCAGACCUGGAAGAAGAUGAAACUGAACAAGAAGAAUUUGCUAUAAAGAGAAAUGUAGCAGAAGAAAGAGGCAAAAUUGAUGUAAACCCCUCGGAAGAAGAAGUCACAGUUGAAGAUGUUUAUGAACAUGAGGAGGAAGAGGAAGAGGAGGCAACAGGUGCUGAAACUGGAAUUGCAAAUGAAGUCUCAGACUCACAAGCCAAUGGCAGUGAAUGUUUUCAAGCAUCUAAAGCUCAAACUGUGGGCCAGGAAAUGGCAACUGGUAAUCAAGAAGCAAAGGAGGAAACACCUGGUUUUACUGUUUAUGUAAACCGAAGGCCCACAAGCAUGGUUGAAGUGAUCAAGGAUCUUGAAGCUCAAUUCACAAUAAUCUGCAAUGCAGCCAAUGAUGUCUCAGCAUUGUUAGAGGCCAAGAAAGCUCAGUAUUUAUCAACAUCUAACGAACUGUCAGCUUCAAAAUUGUUGAACCCAGUGGCACUUUUCCGAUCAGCUUCAUCACACUCAUCCUCAUCAAGAUUUUUAAUGAAUUCUUCAAACUCUAGGGAUGAGGAUUACGAAGGCACCAAUGAUCCAUCAGAGGAACAUUGUUUGUUUUCUGUUAGUCAUCAGUCAACAUUAGACAGGUUAUAUGAAUGGGAGAAGAAGCUCUACGAGGAAGUUAAGUCUGGAGAACGUGUUCGAAUUGCAUAUGAGAAGAAAUGCCAGCAACUCAGGAAUCAUGAUAUAAAUGGAGAGGAACCUUCUUCUCUUGAUAAAACAAGAGCGGCCAUGAGAGAUCUACAUACCCAGAUAACAGUUUCAAUACACUCAGUUGAAGCUAUUUCCGGGAGAAUUGAAACUCUAAGGGAUGAAGAGUUGCAUCCCCAGCUUCUUGAAUUGGUGCAAGGGCUGGCCAAGAUGUGGAAAGUGAUGGCAGAAUGUCAUCAGACACAGAAGAGAACCUUAGAUGAAGCCAAGAUUCUUCUAGUUGACACUGAUGCCCGAAAACAAUGUGCCACAUCACUAACUGAUCCUCAAAGGCUUGCUCGUUCUGCCUCCAAUCUUGAAAAUGAAUUGAGGCAUUGGCGAAACACCUUUGAGUCUUGGAUCACUUCUCAAAGAUCCUAUAUUCAUGCUCUAACUGGCUGGCUUCUAAGAUGUGUGAGAUGUGAGCAUGAUCCAUCAAAGUUAGCAUGCUCUCCUCGUAGGUCCAGUGGUACUCAUCCAUUAUUUGGACUUUGUGUUCAGUGGUCAAGACGUCUAGACGCCCUCCAAGAAACAGCAGUGCUUGAUGGCAUAGACUUUUUUGCAGCUGGCAUAGGGUCCCUCUAUGCACAACAAUUAAGAGAAGAGACUCGACGAAAUCCAGAUGGAUCAAAAGAACAUGGUGAGAUUAUGGAAAUGCUGGAAGUUGGUCAGGUUGAAGAGGUAAUGAAUACUGAGAAAUUGGCUGAAGUUGCUAUUAAGGUGCUUUGUGCUGGUAUGUCAACUGCUAUGAGGUCAAUGGCAGAGUUUGCUGUUGAUUAUGCUGAGGGAUACAAUGAACUUGCUAAGAGAUGGGAGAAUGUGAACCUGCAGCAGAUUUCUUGUGGGGCUGGAACAUAGAUAUAGAUGGCAUACAUUUUUUUGUUCAUUUAAUAAUGGGUGUCAGUGAAAGUAAUUAUUAAGGGUAGGUUUAGAUGAAAGGAAGAUGGAGGAAAAAGAGAGAGAAGGGUGAGAUUUUUAUGCCAAUCUCUCACCCUUGUUAGAGAACUUUUAUAAUGAGGGGAGGGAAAUGAGGAAUUUUCAUGUAAUGCUCAAGAUCAACCCGACCCUUAUAAGUUUUUUGUGAACAUUUUGAAGUUCUCUAAUUUUGGGAUCUUAAAUACAUAUAACUCAAACAAGAGAGGAGGAAACUUGUUAA